UGGACCUGGCCGAGCAGGAGGCGCCAUCAUGGGUGUUGACAUUCGCCACAACAAGGACCGAAAGGUUCGGCGCAAGGAGCCCAAGAGCCAGGACAUCUACCUGCGGCUGCUGGUCAAGCUGUACAGGUUUCUGACCAGACGAACCAACUCGACCUUCAAUCAGGUUGUGCUGAAAAGGUUGUUUAUGAGUCGCACUAACUGGCCACCUCUGUCCCUGUCUCGGAUGAUCCGAAAAAUGAAGCUUCCUGGCCGAGAGAACAAGACAGCUGUGGUUGUGGGGACAGUCACAGAUGACGUGCAGAUUCUCGAAGUACCUAAACUGAAGGUGUGUGCACUGCAGGUGAGCAGCCAGGCCCGAAGUCACAUCCUCAAGGCUGGGGGUAAGAUCCUCACCUUUGACCAGCUGGCCCUGGAGUCUCCCAAGGGCCAUGGCACUGUGCUCCUGUCUGGUCCUCAGAAAGGCCAAGAGGUAUACUGUCGUUUUGUCAAGGCCACAGCUAUACCAAACCCCAUGUCUGCUCCAAGGGAAUGUGCUAGAGGCAGAAGGGCUAGCAGUGGCUACAAAAACUAA